GUCAAUUUGUUUGAAUUUUCUUGGAUAAUUCCAGCUGGAGAUUUGACAUUAUUCUACUAUAUAUACGAACAAUACUAAUCCACCAAUUCCACACUACAUCAAACAUCUCAAUCUCCACACAAAAUAAUAUCUCAGAAAAACCAAUUGAAAAAAUGGAGGGACUGAUACCAUUUAUUGUCCGUGCGAUGAAGAAGCAAAACAUACACAAGCAUAGCUUCCGAUGCGUUUCAGAUGGGUCGAGACGAAGCUAUCAGUUGUUAGGAAGUGCCGGUGACUCAUUCAACGGGUCGUCUCAUCGGCGUACGCAGUCGGAGUUUCAAGCCCCUAUUGGACUGCAGGAUUUCCAGCAGCCUCAAGUAGUUGAUCACUUUAUACGUUCACGUAGUAUCAACACUAACAAUAUCAAUAAUGAUGCUGCUACCAAAGGGACAAGGCAAAUACAUCAAAAUCAUGCUCCUGCUCCUGCUCCUGCUCCUGCUCCUGCUCCUGCUGCUUAUAAUUAUAAUUUUGAUUAUGGUGAUAAGCAUGCUUCUAACACGAUCAACAAGUUUCAUCACUAUUAGUCACAGACUUCAUUAAUUAAUUAAGUGUUGCUAAAUAAUUUAAUGUAAUUUGGGGUAUUUUUUUCUAUAUUAUUUGUUUAUUUGUUGUUAUUGGAGUGGGUAAUGCUAAGUAAUUUCCAUCACCAAUUUUAUGGAAAUAGCUAGGAAAUUAAGGUGGACCCCAUUAUCAAUUUGGAUGAUUCUGUUUAUACAAACUACUUUCUACUUUAAUCAAGUGAGGUGUAAUUUUUUUUUUUUUUUUUUUUUAAAUACAGGAAAGAUACAUGUAUCUAUGGUCUCUUUAUCUCAUGGAAAAGUGAAUUGUGUAAAGUAAAUAUAUUGUUUCUUAAUUUCUUAAAUAUUGUAUUAUGGUUGAAUUUACGUUUUUCAA